CACCGCCGCCGGGAGAGCGCGAUGGCGGCGCGCGCCCGCGGCGGCACCUGAGCGCAGGAUGAAGGAGUGGUGGCUGCAGGUGGGGUUGCUGGGCGUGCCCCUCCUCGCCGUCUACCUGCACAUCCCGCCCCCACAGCCCUCCCCGGCGCUCCGCUCCUGGAAAUCUUCCGGAAGCUUCUUCACCUACAAGGACCUGAACAUCUUCUACAGAGAUUCCGGCGGCGCCGUCGGCAGCUCCGACGUCGUGGUGCUCCUGCAUGGCUUCCCAACGUCCAGCUACGACUGGAGCAAGAUCUGGGAAGGGCUGACCCAGCGCUUCCACCGGGUGAUCGCCCUGGAUUUCCUCGGAUUUGGAUUCAGUGACAAGCCCAGGCCCCACGGCUACUCCAUCUUCGAGCAGGCCACCAUCGUGGAGGGGCUGCUGCGGCACCUGGGGCUCCGGCACCAGCGGAUCAACCUCCUGUCCCACGAUUACGGCGACACGGUCGCCCAGGAGCUGCUCCACAGGUAUGAGCACAAUAGAACUGGAAGCAUCCUGAUCAACAGCCUCUGCUUAUCCAACGGAGGGAUUUUUCCCGAAACGCACUACCCCCGCUUCAUCCAGAAGCUCCUCAAGGACGGGGGGCUGCUGUCGCCCAUCAUCCUGCGGCUGAUGAACUUCUUCCUCUUCUCCGGAGGGCUCGGGGCGGUUUUCGGGCCCUACACGCAGCCCUCGCAGGCGGAAUUCUGGGAUAUGUGGACGGCGGUGCGGAACAACGACGGGAAUCUCGUCAUGGACAGUAUUUUGCAGUACAUAAACCAGAGAAAGAAGCACAGAGAGCGCUGGGUUGGGGCUUUGAUGUCUACCUCGGUCCCACUGCAUCUCAUCUACGGGCCCCUGGACCCCGUGAAUCCACACCCGGAGUUCCUGCAGCUUUACAAGAAGGUGCUUCCCAUGUCCACGGUGUCCGUGCUGGAUGAUCACAUCAGCCACUACCCCCAGCUGGAGGAUCCCACGGGAUUUCUCAACGCCUACCUGAACUUCAUCAACUCCUUCUGAGCUGCUGCAGCUCGGUUCUCUUCUCUCGAGAGUCAGGAGAAAGGAAAAAAAAAAACCAAAAACCCAACUUUGAUUUUCUCUGCCGCGUCCAACCACCGAGCUCACGCCUUCAUCCUGGGCUGCCAAACCGAGGGAAAUCCUUGGGGGAACUGGAAAAAUGAAGGGAAAACGCAGGAUGCUGUUCUUCUUUAGAGAGGCAGAGGUUUAAACGAACAUAAAAUCGGAAUUUCCGAUUUUCUUUCGUCAUCGCCGCGACUCGGGAAGAAAGAACCGCUUCUUCCCCCACAGAAAAUCCCUCACAUCCCCUCUCUCUCCCUUCCCAGUUUUCCACAUGGGAUUUUUUUUCCCCCAGUUUGAAAAAGGCUGCCCCCCCUGAGGUUUGGUUGUUACUCACUGACAUAAAGCUCAGAGGAUUGAAUCUGCCUCGAGAGAUGGAGUUUGAUCUCUCUCUGUACAUUGAUUUUUCUGUGAGGAAGAAGAGACAGUCACAAAAAAUACUGCAAAUUCGGAGGUUUGGGCUGGUUUUUAAUUGUUUAUGUUGGGAGUUUAAUAGCAUCCCUUUAGGAAUAAAGGGGUUUUUUUGCUUAAUAAACAGCCAUUACAGGCUAUUUUUUUCUGUACUGGAACAGACAGAAUUAGAACAACAACAACAAAAUUUCUAUUUUAUUAACAGUAAUUCAUAUGAAUUCCACCAC